GCAACUGGGACUGCAUAUAAUAAGACACACUUUCUCCCUCCGUAUGUCUCUGUGGCGGUUUGUGUCCUCCAUUCCUCUCUCUGAACCUUCGAUUCGCUUCCAUGGCGCCCACAAAGCUUACAAAGUACGAGCUUCAGAGGCUCGAGAAUAUCCGUCGGAAGGAAGAACUGAUGGCCGGGCUCAAGCUUCAAUCCAUGGUUAUUCAACUCUCUGCCUCGUCAAAGCGUGAAAGGAUUUCUCAUUUUAAUGGCAGGAUUGGAGCCAAAGCGAACAAAGUCAAACCACAGAAGAAACCUAAGAAUGAGACUCCCGUCCCUGUGCGACGGUCUUUACGAACGAGAGGAAUGCCAGCUGAUUCCAAAAGCCUCGAUAGCGAUCUCUUUGACUCUGCAGUGAGAAGCCCUAACUCUCAGUCCACCGUACCGUCGAAGCCGUCGGCUCCCAAGAUUGGUCCUCUAACUAUGAGAGAAGCGCUGCUUCAUGAGGGGUCUGGUCGAGCUCUAAUAGAGACCAUUUUGAGUACUGGGAUAAAAUCUGAACCGGGUGAGUGUUUAGGAACAGAGUUUGGUGGAGAUAGGGUUUGUAAAGAGGAGACCAUUUUGAAUACUGGGAUAAAAUCUGAACGGGGUGAGUCUUUAGGAAAAGAAUUUGGUGGAGAUAGGGUUUGUAAAGAGGAGGAUUAUUGGGUUGAUAUGAAUUUGAAUCCGGACAACAUAGCUCGGGUUGUGCAGGGUAGAAUAAUGGCUGUGAAGUUUUUUCCUUGUAGUAGCUCUAGGAUUGUUGUGGCUGGGAGCAAAGGUGGUGAUGUUGGGUUUUGGAAUCUUGAUCAUGCGAAUGGGAUUGAAGAAGAAGACGACGGGGUUUAUACGUAUCAUACUCACUCGGGCCCUGUUUCUGGGAUUUCGAUUCACCAACAUACCUUGUCAAAGGUGUUUACUAGUUGUUAUGACGGAUAUAUUCGGUUGAUGGAUGCUGAAAAGGAGAUGUUUGAUUUAGUAUAUUCUGCUGAUGACAAUGAAGCUAUAUUCUCGCUAUCUCAACGAUCAGAUGAUGCCAAGUGUGUAUAUUUUGGCGAGGGGUACGGAAAUUUGAGUAUGUGGGAUGAAAGGACUGGAAGCUGUGCAACUCAAUGGAGUUUGCAUAAUGAUAGAAUUAACUCCAUUGAUUUUAAUUUAGAAAAUCCGAACUUUAUGGCAACUAGUUGCUCGGAUGGAACUGCUUGCAUUUGGGAUUUGAGAAGUAUUGAUGCUUAUAAGCCUAAGACUUUAAAGACAGUUGGACACAAAAGAGCUGUAUAUUCAGCUUAUUUUUCACCCUCUGGAAAGUGCCUGGCGACUACAAGUUUGGACAACACCAUUAGUAUACUUGAUGGAGCUAACUUUGAGGCGGUCUCAUGGAUUCCACAUAAUAAUCAGACAGGAAGAUGGAUUUCUCAAUUCAAGGCUAUAUGGGGUUGGGGCGAUUCAUAUAUUUUCAUUGGUAAUAUGAAGAGAGGAGUGGAUGUCAUCUCACCUUCUCAAGGAAAAACUAUUGUGACAUUGCAGAGUGAACACAUAUCAGCGAUUCCAUGCAGAUUUGAUGCACACCCUUACAAAGUCGGAAUGCUAGCAGGAGCCACAGGUGGAGGCCAGGUUUAUGUGUGGACUAGACAAUGAAUUUUAAAGCUUACCUUAAACUUAUAUAUAUUUUUUGUAUGACAUAUACAAGGCAUUCAGAUGCGUGUAAGGACAUAAUUGUUAAAUAUCCAACUCUAGCUGGGUCAUAAUAGUGUGGUAAUUAUUAGCAGGAGCCACGGGUGGAGGCCAGGUUUAUAUGUGUGAACUAGAUAAGACAAUGAGUUAGUAAUUUUGUAGCUUCCCUUGAACUAUAUUAUUUGUAUGACAUGUCCAAGGCAAUCAGAUGUUUGUAAGGACAUAAUUGUUAAAUUAGUAUAUAGCACUUGGGUCGCCAACUUUUUCUUAAUGUAUGGCGUAGGUCCCCGAAUUAAUUUUUUA